AUGAGCUACGCGUUCCGUCGCGUAUGCCUGCAACUCCCUACCAGCUUCGGACCUAAGCAUGGUCCGUUGCGUCAAGCUUUCCGCCCAGCCGGGCCCGGCAUUGUCACAAGACAGAUCCCGGUGAACAGACGCGCGUUUGGGCUCUCCACGAGACGGCAAAGUGACCUCGACGACGCCAAGACCAAGAAGAUCAGCCAAGAUGACAUGAGCAAGGAGGAAGAAAGGGAGAAGCUGGAGCGUGACGAGCAGAUUGCGUUGAGAAAGCAAGAGGAAAGGCCAUGGCACCGCGCCGGGGAUGAGACUGAGCAGCGAGAGUUGUGCAAAGAUCCCACAAACGGCGAUAAGACUCGAGGACGACUACUCACGACACCAACGAGGCUCUUGAAGCUCAUCCUACCGCUGCCCUUCCACGCCGAACAAGCGCGGAACAUACAGUCUUCCAAAGAUAACAAGGACGAUGACAGGGAUUCAAUCGCCCCGCUUGCCCUGCUUGUCCACCCUCAGCAGCCGUUGUCCUACCUCGAAAGACUACUCCAGGCUGAAAUCCCGCCCAUCGACGAUGGUCGCCGAGAGCGAAUCCCAAAGAUAUACUUCCGAGCAGAAGGAGACCACAAAGAUGAGAACCAGGACAAGAGCGCAUCGCAGAAGAAGGAGGGCAACGUCGCCUCUUACUCGGGUCUAGGCCACAAGGGCCCAAAGAAGGACCGCGAUGAGACGAAUUGGGUCAGAUGGAGUAGCAGUACCGAGGUUGGCGACUUCAUCCGAGACGCUGCGCGCGGCCGAGAGUUUGCAAUUGGUAUCGAGGGUUACAAAGAAGAGUUGCGGGUAGCUGUGCCGAGCUUCAAUGACCGCACAUACUACAUGCGCGUUCGAUUGCGAAGAAUGUCUCGCCGCGUCGAGGAGUUGGCGAAACUCAAGCAAGAAUGCGACACCCUUGCGCACCGUGGAGCACAUCGCAUGGCACAGGGAGGGUUCGGCCUCCUCGCCGGUUGGUGGGGAGUCGUAUAUUAUGUUACCUUCCACACCGAUGCCGGCUGGGAUCUCGUCGAGCCAGUAACCUACCUGGCUGGCUUAACAACCAUCAUGGGCGGUUACCUGUGGUUCCUGUAUAUCAGCAAAGACCUCAGCUAUAAAGCGGCCUUGAACAUUACCGUCUCAAAACGACAGCAGGCACUGUAUCAGGAGCGGGGCUUCGAUCCCUCGGCUUGGGAGGCGCUCGUCCACGAGGCCAACUCGUUGCGUCGCGAGGUUCGGUUUGUGGCGACUGAGUACGAUGUUGACUGGGACGAAACAAAGGAUCUUGGCGGCGAGGAAGUCAUGGAAGUUCUAGACAAAGAGAAGAAGGGUAGACGUCGGAGCGACGAAGACGAAGACGACGCCGAAGAAGAGCGAGCAGAGCAUAAACGCAAAGAAGACAAGAAGAAGGAAAAGUCUGAAGAUGGGAGCGAAAAUAAGUCAGCAUCAUAG